GAAGAAUUUAAACACAGAGUAGCAGUGGGAAAGGCCCAGAGGACCGUAAAGUUUGCUGCUGGGUUGCAAUGGCGGAGGAACCGAAGUAGAGGCAGAGCAGCCAGUGUUAUGGAGGGACAAGUCAAAGAACCUGGAACGAUGAGCUUCCUGGCCAUAAUCUCGCAAUGGAUUGCAUGGAUAUUUAUCACUAAGGACUUCAUACAAGUGGCGUUUACCAGAUCUACCCUUCCGGGCCUUUCCUUCCACUGAAUGUCUACUGUGACAUGGAGAGUGAUGGUGGAGGGUGGACUGUGUUUCAGAAAAGAAAGGAUGGUUCUGUUGACUUCUACAGAGGAUGGGACGAUUAUAAACGGGGUUUUGGCGCAGCAGAUGGUGAAUAUUGGCUGGGUCUGGAGAACAUACACUCGUUAACAGCCAGGAGGCAGUAUGAGCUGAGAAUUGACUUGGAAGACUUUGAGAACAAAACUGUGUACGCAAAGUACAAGGAGUUUGCUCUGUCACCCAACACCAUUAAUGCAGAAGAAAAUGGCUACAGGCUGCAGGUGCUGGGCUUCAUCGAUGGAGGAGCAGGUGACUCCCUUGCCUAUCAUCAUGGACUCAAGUUCAGCACGUUUGACAGAAAUCACCAGGGUCCCACCAACUGUGCACAGAAUAACUGUGGGGCUUUUUGGUACAAGUCGUGUCACACCGCAAACCUGAAUGGUCUUUACUUAAAAGGAGCCCAUGCAUCCUAUGCAAAUAGGCUCCAUUGGGCCACAUGGACUGGGUAUUACUAUUCCCUCAAAGCUACGACAAUGAAAAUGAGACCAAUCUCUUUGCCUGAUCCUCAUUAGAAGGUGCAACCACAGUUCUCAAUACCUAAUUUGCAAACCAUGAUUGUUGUGUUCUACAUCUCUCUUUAAAUUCACGUUCCAGUUUCUCUUAAGUUCUGUUUGUAAAAUUCGGGCUGCAGCACUUGCGUUUGCCUCUGGGGGCGCUACUGAGCACACUAUGAAACUAGCUCGCUGUUGCCAUCCUCUGAUUCUCAUUGGUACUGCCGCACACAAAAAAAAAUC